GCGGUGGAGUUGGCGCUCGAAUCAGAGGCAGCGGAACGGCAUGCAGAGGCAGUCGGAGUCGGCAGCCACGGCGGGGUGCCAUCGCCGGUCGGCUCGGGACUUGGGCUGGGUGCAGCCGGCCUGCACCACGUCGUUGCGGGGCCCACGCGCUUGCGAGCGUCACGCAGC